AUGCUCAACAAUGGGAACUUCGAAGAGGGGCCUAAGCCGGCCAACCUCCGGCAAAGGAGGAUCAUCGGGCGACACGCCCUCCCCAAGUGGGAAAUCAGCGGCAUCGUGGAGUACUUGUCGAGCGGGCCCCAGCCGGGCGGGUUCUACUUAAGCAUCCCGCGUGGGGCCCACGCGGUGAGGCUCGGGAACGAGGCCUCCGUGUCGCAGUACGUGCGGGGCCUGAAGCCGCGGUCCGUCUACACCCUGACCUUCGGAGCCACGCGUACGUGCGCGCAGGACGAGGUGCUCAGGGUGUCGGUUCCCGGAAUGUCGAGCGACCUCCCCAUACAGACGCUGUACAGCACUGACGGCGGGGACACGUACGCGUGGAGCUUUAGGGCACGAUCGAGAGUGGUCAAGGUCACGUUCCACAAUCCCGGAACGCAAGAGGACCCCACGUGCGGGCCCCUCUUGGAUGCGGUCGCGAUCAAGGAGAUGCUGCCCCUCACAUACACAAGAGGGAACUUAGUGAAAAAUGGGGGCUUUGAGUACGGUCCCCACGUGUUCAAGAACUUCUCGACUGGUAUCCUCGUACUGCCUAAACGCCAGGACCUGUACUCACCCAUUCCCGGGUGGAUAGUCGAGUACCUCAAGCCAGUCAAAUACGUCGACUCCAGACACUUCAACGUGCCUUCGGGAAUGGCGGCAGUUGAGUUAGUUGGUGGUCGAGAGACAGCCAUUGCACAAAUCAUCAGGACACAGUCGAAUAAGUGGUACAACUUGUCGUUCACGAUUGGGGAUGCAAAGAAUGGAUGUCAUGGGACGAUGACAGUUGAGGCCUUUGCUGGUACUAAGACUUUGAAAGUCCCGUUUACAUCCCAAGGAAAAGGGUGGUUCAAGACGGUGAGUUUGAGGUUUCAGGCGGUUUCAGCUAGGACUAGGAUCACAUUCUACAGCCCGUUUUAUCAUACCAAACUGCAAGAUUACGGGCACAUGUGUGGGCCAGUUUUGGAUGAUGUUAAAGUUGUUCCAGUUGCUUAUUAG